AUGGAGCGUCUGUCCGGGUUAGAGGAGUGCCUGCAGCACAACAAGGCCAGCCUCGAAAGCCCAUCUACGCUUCUCAACGAUGCUGGAACUGAAUCCGACCCUCGGACAACGACGGCGCCCAUAGAGGCUCACGGGAAAUCGUUGCCUGCGCCCAUCGAUACGGAGAAGCCAAAGCGAACUAUGGAUAUUGCUCCUCCUAAUGUCUCGGCCUUGCGCAAUCAAUCGAUCAUUCUAGACACCGCGAGGACGAAGCUCGAUCCUGUAUUCAUGGAGAAAUUAUGA